AUGGCACCAGGUGGACUUGUCUUUAAGCAAACUACACUUACAGGGGAAACUAUUCCAGAUACUCAAUCACUGGAUGAAUUAAAUAACCCUGCUCCUCUUGUUAAUACAGAUGCUUCUACUAGAAUCAAGAAUGGUCGUGGCAAGACUAGAGGUAAAGGUCUUGAAAAAAUGAAGAAGGCUAUGAGAAGUAAGAUGAAAAUAGAUAUCCCAGUUGGUAAAGGAAGGCCAACUAAACCAGUUCAAUCGGCAAAAUUAUCCAAUGAGUUGGGGAUAAUUGCUCGAAAUUUUAUUUCGCUUCCAAACAAGUGGAAGGAACUCACAAGAGAGGACAGAGAUGCAGCACUAAUUAGAUGUCAUGAGAGGUUUGAGAUUAAUUUGGACGAGCAUUACGUGAAAGAUAGCUGUGAGGAUAUUCUGAAAAACAGAAGCCGACAAUGGCGCUACAAGUUAAAACAAUUGUUUGAAAGUGCACACUCAGAGGAAGAAGCUCGUAAAAUUGAAGUGCCAGAGUUGACCCCAGAAAAUUGGAAUAGACUUUGUGACAUGUGGAUUGAUCCAAAACAUAAGAAACGAUGCGACAUAAACAAGGUCAAUCGAACUAAGCUUAAAUCUAAUCAUUUCAUGGGAUCAAAAGCAUUUGUAGCGGCUCGUGCUGAACUUGGUGAAAAUGAACCUGAAAAAGUAGAGCCUGACAGAAUCGAGUUCUACAAGCAUACUCAUUACAAGAGUAAGAAAGGAUGGUCAUCUUUAGAGGCUGAGACUAACUAUAACAAUAUGAAAGAUUUGAAAGAUCUAUAUACUUCGGGAGAGGCUUCCAUGACUACUGAUGAAAUUGUGGAUACCUUACUUGGUACAAAGUCGGGGUACAUAAGAGGACUUGGUUAUGGUCCAAAACCUAAUACUACAAGAGCUACACAAAGGAAAACGGCAGAGUUAGAGGACUCCCUCAGAAAAGCGAAACAGGAAGUUGCUAGUGCCCAAAAUAAUUUAUAG